AUGGCCAGCACCUCGCACAGCUCGCACAACUAUCCGCACAUGGAAUUGCGUGAUGAUGAAUCGAUUCUUGAUGACGAUGUGAUCGAGGCUGAUGAUGCCCUCGAUGCCGAAGAUCCCCUGUCCACUUCCGACACUGCUCCGCUCAGAGGCAACAUCCAGUCCGGUCCUUCAGGUUCAAGCCGAGGAGGAUUCGGAAGCAACCUAUCGAGCAACUACCUGACAUCUACGAUCCCCGGAGAGGACCGUCGCGCAACUCAGAACACCAUCGAUGAAACAGUGUGGGAGACGCUGUCGCGCGACCUGCGAGCGGUAUGGGAGAAGAUGCGCCAAGUGCUGUGGCCCAAAUACCUGAUGGGAGGGAUGCUGCAGCGCAGCGGAGGCGGCAUCGGGGCCGCGGAGCGAGGAGAGGCCACCGGGUUCGGCGGCGGAAUGAGGGGCAUUGUGGGACGCUGGCCGGACGCCGAUGUUGUUCUACAGGGGGGGAUGAGCGAGGGUCUGCGCGACUGGGAUCUCUGGGGUCCGCUCAUUUUCUGCUUGCUGCUGAGUAUGUUCUUGUCGAUGCGUGCAAAGGGCGAACAGGCAUCUCUUGUCUUUUCGGGUGUCUUCUCGAUAGUCUGGAUUGGGGAGGCUGUGGUAACAUUGCAGAUCAAACUGCUUGGCGGGAACAUUUCCUUCUUCCAGUCGGUUUGCAUCAUCGGCUACACUCUCUUUCCCUUGGUAAUCGCUGCGCUGCUGAGUGCAUUGGGCCUUCCGACGAUCGCUCGGAUACCCGUUUACCUGGUUCUCAUCGCAUGGUCCCUUGCCGCCGGUGUGAGCAUUCUAGGUGGUUCUGGCGUGAUCAAGAACCGGGUUGGUAUUGCCGUCUACCCUCUAUUUGUCUUUUACAUCGCGAUCGGGUGCCUUUGCUUCAUCAGCUAG